AUGGUCGCCAUCAGCAAGGUACUGCCUAGCGUGCUCGCACUUGGCCUUAUGGGUCUGUGUGAUGCCAAGGUUAAUGGAACUACUGUAACCUACACGCCCAAGGUUGAGCAGUGGGGCGAAGGAGGCAAUCUUAUAGUCUACCCGGACACUAUCAGCGCCGACUAUGCUCACCUCUAUGAGGAUAGCUUGGAAAAGCGUACUGGCAUCACGGUCAAGGCUGCUAGCGCAAAGAUUCUAGCUACCUCUGCCGCGGUCAUUCAGACUGCAGGCGCUGCUUUUACCAUCUACUCCGUGAUUGCCUCCCUGAGUAAGGAAAAGUCCAACCAGAACUCGUGCACGCUCGUCUAUGGAACUGAUACUACUGGAAGUAUCUCUGAAGGCUAUGCCUACAAAGCCACGACUACUGGCUCGAACUGUGAUACUACGGCCGAGACUAAGACCAUUCUGGCUGCCGUGGGGAAAUGCGCCAAUGCUCUGAAUGCGGAGGGUGCUGUGACGGGAUGCUGCACGAUGAAUCGUGGAGGAACUUGGCAUGGACAUCUUCGGUUGAGUGGUAACCCAACUACCUAG